AUGGGCAUUGCUUGGGUAACUUCUGGUGUUUUUUGUCAUGUGCCAUUCUUGUAUAUAGUGUACAAUUUGAUCAUAAACAAAUAUGGAUCUUUCAAAGUACCUUUCUGCCUCUGUAUAACGGCAUGUGAGUUCGGAAUCGUGAUUCAAUGUGUGUCAAACGACUAUAACUACAUGCAAGUGUGGCCAUCUCCUGAACCGAGAGACAAUGACUUCCACGAAUUGGUACUCUCGCAUUGGUUGGGCCAUCGGCUUUUUGGAGGAGCUAGAGUUUCCCUUCAAUCACAGAUAUGCAUAUCCCUACAACUACGUAGUUGUCGGAAAUAUAGUUGCUUGCCAGUCGGUAGUACGAGAGUAUUCACUGGAGAAUACAGAGCAACCGCGCGCUAG